AGCAGAGCUCACAACCGUCUAGGACAAGAGCCAGGAAGAAACCAGAAAGACAGCACCUUGUGUAAGCAUGACUUCCAAGCUGGCUAUUGCUCUCUUGGCAGCCUUCCUGCUUUCUGCAACUCUGUGUAAAGCUGCAGUUCUUUCAAGAAUGAGUUCAGAACUUCGAUGCCAAUGCAUAAAUACACACUCCACACCUUUCCACCCCAAAUUUAUCAAAGAAUUGCGAGUGAUUGAGAGUGGACCACACUGUGAAAAUUCAGAAAUCAUUGUUAAGCUUGUCAAUGGAAAAGCGGUCUGCUUGAACCCCAAGGAAAAGUGGGUGCAGAAGGUUGUGCAGAUAUUUUUGAAGAGAGCUGAGAAGAAAGAUCCAUGAAAACAACAACAACAACCAAAAUCCCAUUUGUCCAUGGCUUCCAAGAAUUCCUCAGUAAAGAUACCAAUGAAACUUCAAACAAAUCUACUUCAAUGCCUCAUGUACUGUGUAGGUCUGGUGUAGGGUUGCCAGAUAAAAUACAGGAUGCCCAGUUAUAUUUGAAUAUUAAGUAAAACAAUGAAUAUUUUUUUCAAUGUCCCACGUACAUGUUCCACUUAUAUUUUAGAAAUUAUUCACUGUGUACGGUAAAUUCAAAUUUAGCUGGAAAUCCUCUUUUUUUGUUUUUGUUUUUUGUUAAAUCUUGCAACCCUAGUCUGCUGGCCAGGAUUCACGAGUCCUUGUUCAACUGAGCCUCAGUUUCUUCUUUAUUCCCAAACCGGAGAAAAACAUCUCAGCCACUGACCUACCUCACAGAGAUGUGAGGGCAUGUGGAAGCACUUUAACUUUUAUUCAGUCAUGUAAAUUAUUUUGAAGUGUAACUUAUUCACCUAUUUAUUAUUUAUGUAUUUAUUUAAGCCUCAAAUAUAGUAAUGUUUGUGCAUGAAUUUGGAGAAAUGGGAAAGAAGCAUUGUUGAUAAGUACAAUGAUGGUAGUGAAUUUAUAUUUAUUUUUUAUAUU